UAUACUUUCAAAUAAUGCUGAUUUCCAACCAGAAAAUACAAAAUUCCAAUUCCCAAAGUUUUAAAUAAUGAAAAAGUGAUUCCAAAAAGGUGACCACUGCGUGAAAGAUUUGCACAUUUUGUGGCCACUCACUUGCUGUGUGAAGAGCCUCUCCGUUGCAAGCGGCGCCAUUCCAGUUCAAAUGGAGGCUAUAACAACGGUGGCGGUGUGGCGGCCGGAGGGCUUCCCCUCCGUAAUCCCGGGGUGGUUCUCCGAGGUUAGCCCAAUGUGGCCUGGAGAAGCACACUCAUUGAAGGUGGAAAAGAUAUUGUUUCAGGGAAAGUCGGAUUACCAGAACGCAAUUGUUUUUCAGUCAUCAACUUAUGGAAAGGUUCUUGUCUUGGAUGGAGUGAUUCAGCUCACAGAGAGGGAUGAGUGUUCUUAUCAAGAAAUGAUCACUCAUCUUCCACUUUGCUCCAUUCCCAACCCCAAAAAGGUUUUGGUGAUUGGGGGAGGAGAUGCUGGAGUCCUACGUGAAGUGUCGCGCCAUUCAUCAGUCGAGAAGAUAGAUAUCUGUGAGGUUGACAAAAUGGUAGUUGAUGUUUCUAAAAAGUUCUUCCCAAGCGUAGCCAUUGGAUUUGAUGAUCCCCGUGUCACACUACACAUCGGAGAUGGAGUGGCGUUUCUGAAGGCUGCCCCAGAAGGAACCUAUAAUGCAGUCAUAGUAGAUUCCUCAGACCCAAUUGGCCCCGCUCAGGAGCUGUUCGAGAAGCCUUUCUUUGAGUCCGUUGCUAGGGCUCUUCGCCCGGGUGGCGUUGUCUGCACACAGGCUGAGAGCAUAUGGCUUCAUAUGCACAUUAUAGAGGGCAUUGUUGCAAACUGCAGCCAGGUUUUUAAAGGCUCUAUCAACUAUGCUUGGACAACAGUUCCUACAUAUCCAAGGCACUCUCUCCCCCUCUCUCUCUCUUUUUCCCAUAUUUUACUAUAUCUUGGAUCUGUAUACUGAAAGCAACUUGUUUUGUGCUUGUACACUAUGUUUUUUGUAUGCUAUCUGAAUUGUUCGCCAAUCGCAUAUGAAUGUCCCUCUAUUUUACUAUAGAUUGGGCCUGUUGGCUUUGUAUGAUUGGAUUAACCUUAUGUAAAAUGCUUAGUCUGAACUA